ACCCAGGCAAAAGAAGUCAAACAAUAGCCAUUGGGGAGGUGACGGGAAAAAAGAAAGAGGAGAAAGAAAAACAUCAAUGGCAAUGACCAGGAUGAACAAAGCUGCUAAGUUUGGGACUAUCGCAUCUUUGCAGCCACGAGCGUCUCGAGCUUUCUUUUUACGACCAGUCAAUUUUUUUUCGCUUGUUCACUCGUUUUCUCAUAUACUGAUUGGCCUACUCGGCCCGUCCCUGGAUCCCAUGACAGCUGCACAUCUUAUCCAUCGGCAUUUUCUUCUGGGCUAGAGCAGCGUCAGUCUAGCGAGCUGCCUUCCAUCGCAUGGGUUGCCUUCUUUUUGAUGGCUCGUCGUGAACUGCCCCCCCUCAAGGACUGACCUACUUACUCGGGCACCAUGCUUCGGAUAGUAUCCGUCAGUCCCUUCUCUCAGACCGACAUGAUUCAGACCAGGGACGCGCCUACCCCGUGCAGCCCAAAGUCCCUAACCUUCCUUCGGCCGGCCUCUCCUCAGACGUUUCUGUACUUUUUUCUUGGGUUUCAUGGGUAUUCCCAGGCGCGUCCGUAUGUCAGAUGCCAAAUGGCUCGCUGAAUAUUGUCACAGCAGCGGCUGAGGCUGACCCUGGUAUCACGUUGGCUUUUCCUUCCCGGGGGUUCGGUCACCAUUGAGGGGUUCUCCACCGCGCUUUGACCGGAAGCAAAGAGAAGAUCAAUAGCCGGCAAGUUGAAAAAAUGAGCUCAUCAUAAGAACCACUGUCAUUAGUCAAGGCGCGUAAUAGCACCGGAGAAACCUCAGGUUACAUGGAUCGGGACGGCCGAAGAUAAGAGUAUCCGGACGCCUGGUAUCGAGUAUCAACCAAUUAUACGGUGGUCAAUUGUCCGUGGCAAGGAAACCAGAUGGGAAAGAAGGCUGACUUCAAUCCUGACCGAACCAACCCAACCCAAUCGCCAACCACGGCAACCAGCUCCCCCUUUUGAUUCAGCCCUUGGUAUCCACUAUUCACUAUCCACUACCCACCGACUUGUCUAUAAGCCAGCGCCGACGAUCCCAUCUGUCAGACUCUCCGCUUCACGCCAUGCACCUGCACAGAGCACACACGUCGGAACAUGGAUCAGCCUGGAUCGCCGCUGUGUCAACCUGCUGACAGCUGGUAACUGACUGACCACUUGGCCUUUCCCCUUCCCCUCACCCACAGAACAGAGCAGUGGUACCUGUCGAGUUCAACAGAUGUAUGUACCCUGCCCCACGGUCUUUCCUAUCUGAUCACCCAGGCUCGGGCACCAGCCGGAAAGACAUGUACGUACCAUCCAUGUAGGUACGCAAAAAUA